AUACGGGAUCUCGCGCAAGGCACACGUACUGGCCGAAAGCUAACUUCUGGCGAGUUCGCGAAAUUAAAAACAAAAAGUUUCAAACUCGGGUUCGCUAAUAAAAGUGUUGUGGUUUCGUAACAUAAUUGAAUGUUUGAAAAAAGUUCAAUGACUAUUGUCAAUAUGGCAACAUUGUUUGUUGUUUUGUUGUUGCUCACAAGUAGUGCUGGAUCAGAUCUUCCUGAAGAAGAAACAUGCGUCUCCAGCCAGUUGCAGGUUUGCAUAGACCGAGUACCACGCACAAGAAUUGGUCUGCCGCGAAACAAAGAAGAGCUUGACGCGCAUUGUUCGGCAUACAAUAUCGGCAUGUCGUGCAUGAAUGAGUGGAUGAAACGCUGUCUGCCGACAGACGGACAGAAGAUCAUUCAGCGGCAGAUAGCCGGCGCUCAGAUCCUCAUGCGCUACCUCUGCUCAAAUGGAACUGCAGUGAGGAAAGAAUACCUGAAGGAGCCGGCUUGCCUGGCGAUGGUGUCGGCCGAGUGGUCGGCCUGCGUGGACAGAUUGCAAAUAACUGUCAGGGACAUUGCAGAGCGCUCUCCACAAAUUGUUUACUUUAACAGGAACUCAGAAUUUUGUUGUGCCCGUGACGAGUUCCUGUCGUGCGUGUCUCACGCUGCGCGAGCGUGCUCGGCUAGGGCUGGUACCGUGCUGCGCCGCAUCGCCUGGGUGCUGGCACAGGACGUGGCCGCGUGCAGCAAUGAGCCGGGCACGCACUGCGCCGCAUCGCCCCCGCCGGUAGCCCUCACUGCGCCCCUGCUCACCGUGCUCUACACACUCCGCUUCCAAUAGACGAACCGAAGAACUAAAGCAUCAGGCGCUUAUUACAAUUUGAUGUUUGCGUUAAAUAUGUUCAUUCGUCUCUUUGUAUCCAGUAGAUGUUACCCUUCUGGCCGUAAGUCUCUCAAAGAAGUCCGACGUCAUUUCACCUUCUAAGCGCUGAUCAACUUUUUAGACGACGAAACAGUCAAUAUCGCAAAAGUGACAGAAAAAUUACCAUGUCAUAGUUAAGGAUUAUCUGAGCCAGAAAUCCCGCAAAUAUUGUAAUUUUAUUGCUAUUUUUUACUCGCAUUAUAUUCGCAAUGUUGAAGCGAAAAUAACGUAUUAUAAUAAGGACGAUAAUUAAAGAAGACAUAAAGUUUAAUAAAU